CUCCACUAUGCCCGCCGUGUGGCACUUAGGUAGCCAUAUUUUCUGAUCGAUGUGCCCUCUGGUGCUGGAUCGUUCUUUCAAAAGAUAUAGAAGAAAUGCUUUAUCUUUAUGGGUUAAUUUUUGCUCGUUUCUGUUUUUUGAAGGAACUAGAUUUACUUAUCUUGAACAAAAAUUUGUAAGGGGCCGAGUGAUGUGAAUACACAAGAUACGCAAAUGUAUACUACGCCGCUUCUGGAAGAAAAGAUGACAGAAUCGCAGCGCGAAGCGUGGUCCUCAAGACUAGCGGAGGUUGCUUUCCGGGUGGAAAUUUCUAUUACGCGCACAUUGAAUUUGAAACAACUGCUAACUACUUAGUUGGACGCAAUUCAUGGCGUUGGCGAAAAGCUAGUACUUGCCGCAGCAGCAUUUUCAGAAGUGUCAUCCGUUUUGCGGCUCUUUGUGUCGUAUGAGAAAAGCAUUGCGGAAGCUGAACACAUCAACAGCUCAAGGCCGCGAGUAGAAGCUCCACGUAUAAUAUACUUUACAUUACCGACAUCUACCGUACUACUACUACUAUCAGCGACAACCUCCUCUACUAUCGAUACUACACUCAAAAGUCACUCCUACGACGACGACUAACACGAAACUUCUACAAGGCGUCCUAUCAGUGGUGCUCUUUACUGGCACUGCGGCCGUAUACCGAGAGAAGUUUCACAACUACAACUAACAAUUCUGGUGACAACCAAGCGUCCGACAGCGUCAACGAUGACUACGCUUCUACUGAUAUGUCACACGACGACAGCGUCAACGAUGACUACGCUUCUACUGAUGUGUCACUAGUGAUGUGUCACUGUCUCUACUGCAUAUGAGUACCACAACACUUUCGAGACGUCUCAUACCGUAACAAUCCACGACGACUGCGAGGACAAACUACUUCUAUCCACGACAACUGCGACACUACGAACUCGAUAUUCGAUAGGUGCCAGUGCCUUUCUUCUUCCACCCUCUACUACGCGUAACUUCUGGUACGUCAUCCGCUGACGACCAAUGGUCCAAGAGCGGGCCCCCAACAUGUCGCAGCGAAGGGUGGACACGCCAUAUGGGACAUGGCAGAGGAAGCUAAUCUCAGAUCCCGAAUGCAUGCCCGUAGCACACGACCUAAAAAACUUCGUCGAUCAAGCAGAGACGAACAGUAUUUUUUUAUUUUGGAGAUUUCUUAAUUUUUUUCAGAUGCUUUUCUAAUUCUAAGUCAAAGUUUGAAGUUACUUAGUACUAGAAGUAAGUAGAAGCCGUCCAGCUAGUCUCAUUUUAUUUGACUGAAUGAAAGAAAUUUUUUGUAUAUGUACCUUAUUUUCUUUCCAUCACCUUUUUUUCAACAGAUCUCUUCGAAAACCGUUCUAAGAAUGAGAAGGCGGAGGUUAUCCAUAGUAUGCUGGACAGAAGUCACCGGCAAUUGAUGGAAACGAAGGCCUUCCGAGACGUGAGCGAAGAGGAGGAGAACAUAAAUUACGACUUUCUCGAAAAGUGGGUGUUGCAGAAACUACACGCGUAUACAUUCGGGAAGAGUAGAGAAGUGCGGCAGAAGGACAGAAAAGUCUACAAUUAUGUUCAGCUUUCAUCCAUCUCUCCCAGCAUGAUCCUUUCAGCGGUAUCGACCCUGGCAAUCGGAUAGAAGUCUCCCACCAUUCAAUCCAAGAGAGCCUUUUCCCAUUAUCAAUACAAGGGGAGAGGCACCGAGAUGGAGAGUACCAAGAUGGGGAGACCGAGAUGAAUAGAAGCGCUGUCUAAUACAAACACAUAAAAUGCUUACAGUUCAUACAACUGCAGCAUCUAGACUUGCCGGAGCAUCUAGAAUCUAGUCUCACAGCAUGGUCAAACGGACAAGGAACGGGAAAUUUAUGCUUGAGAACCAGACAUCUUCAUCUUCCUUGUUUGAUCAUGGUCUACUCUCCAAGAAUAUGAUGGUCUGAACAACCUUCCAAGUUAAUAAUAAGUAUUAAAUACACUUACAAAGGUUGGCUUUGAUCAUCUUCAAACACGGCAUACACGCGUACUUAGAGAAGUAAUGUUUCUCGAACCACCAGACCGAAUGUGGAUGUGACACCAGAAUCCUUGUUCCUUUCAUGCAUCAAGUCUAAUCUCAGUCGGAGGGGGCAUGUCAACACCGGGUGGCACAACACCAUCAUCACCGUCAGCAUCAGUCGACAACUCAGGCAGGCCAGAAGCGUUAUUAGACGACGCAGCAGCUGCCUUUGCCCGAAUAGAGACCGUGAAUAAUUUAUGAAAACAGGAGGGCACUUCUACUCAUGGGAGAUCGUACUUAUAGCUUUCAAAAAUGCUUGUGUUAGGUGUUCUUACUUUUAUUUGAUUCUUUUUCUUCAUCGCCUUAAGGUCGUUAACUCCACCUUUUGUUCCUUGUUCUGUAGAUGAGCUUGAGUUCGUGUGAAAUGUUGAGACACCACUUGAUUACAACUUCCUGCAAGAAUGUUCAUUUCCCUGAACCGUUUUUCUUUCUUUUGCACCCUCUAAACCUCGUCGUGAACAAGUUGAUCUGCAUUGAUACCGGCUGCCGUGUUAUCAUGGAGGUGAUACAGAAAGUAUGGCAGGAGGAGCAGCGAAGGCGAGGGAGCGUGGAGCCACCAGGUGGAGGACAGGUAUUUUUGACAUAGAUAUUGUAGUAAAUGCGGUACACAGAAUCACUGUCUGACUCAUCUACUUCCCGCCAAACAUAUGAGGCUGUGUUCGGUGCCGACGACUUUUUUCACUCACAGUGAGCGAAACUCUUUUACGAAAGAGUGGUGUCAUCUUCAUGGCGUUUUGUACUACAUCAAUCUUCAUUUACUCACCUUUUUCGAUUUCUAUCUGCUUCCAAACACACUAGGCUUUCGGUGCCGACGACUUCAUGCCAUUGCUGAUUUACACUAUCUUGCGAGCAAAUCCGGGAAAUCUGUGGUCAAACAUAGAGUAUAUUGACGCCUAUCGAACACCAUCGCGGAAAGUCGGACAACAAAACUAUUACUACACUUGCUUUAAGGCCGCUUCCGCUAACAUUCCAUCUAUCUUCGGAGAAGCCAUCUAUCCUGGAAGAGGAGAGCCUCUUCGAGGGGACAAGGAUGAAAAACCUCGACAAGAUGGAUUAGAUUAUAGGAUCGAUAAGCUCUAAUUGCUAUUGUAGUGCAGCCAAGUUCGUGCAGGAUUUAACACCGGAAAACUUCCACAACUGCAAGCUACGACACAUUAGCGAAGCCGAAUUUAGACAGAGAUAUGCGCAACUGGAAGCGCAUUAUAAUGACGAGGUAUUGAUGAAGAUACUAGAUUUUGUUAGACUGUAUGAUUACUUAUCUUAAAUGAUCACUGGGUGGAAUGUACAAGACAUCGAUCUAACCUACUAGCUCGAGGUACACGAAAACAGUUCUGCUAGAUUCAUUUCACUUACCGACACCAUCCACAUUUUAUCUUUCGCCUUUUUGCCGUUGUACUUCACGCUAUUAGCCUUGUCGAUAUCGGCCGUGUGUCAAAUGCUUUCCAAGCUACUUCCCUUCUCCUUCCCGCACAGUGUCAUUCUCUACUGUGCUGGCCUGUCUCUGUCGCACGUCGCGAGGUACUAUCCUUUAAGGGUAGGUUAAAGGUGCUUUUCUUACCGCUUUUUAUGCCUCUUGUUCUAAGGGAGAGCGGGGUAAGCGAGCACCAAAAACCUACCUCUAACUAGAGAGUUUCUCUUUUCUGCUUCUUCUCCUGUACUUCUUCCCCCACUUUACUGGAAAAAAUUUGGGUCAUACUUUUAUUUAGUAUACCGCCCGCCAUAAUCCCCUCGAAGAGCUUGUAAUUGUGAUAUCACUGCAGCGUGCGAAGAUAGGUGCUGGAUUGCCACGACCGCCGUCAAAGGACGUCGAGCCUGAGAGAAGUAGCUGCUUGAACAUCCAAGUUCAAGUCGAUCGAGCUUACCUAGCGGAUAUUCACUUAUGAUGGACACACAUAGAGCUCAUUAACAUAAUGUGAGAUCUUCGAAACUAAUAGUUGUAUCAGUGUCCCCUGACUCGUCUAGUUGGGCCUUCUCAGUAGCAUUUUGAUGUGUUCCCAGUGAGGCUCUUCCCAGUAGUAUUGUACUCUUCUGACGGAGUUGUACGAAGUGACCCAUCAUCUCUAAUCCCCAUGCGCUUCAGCGAGCUCGAGUCUGCGGCAGACCUGAGAGUAGGCGACCUCGCGGCCUUGUUCCAAGAGUACAAGCGGAUGUGCGUAAUAUGCGCUGAUUUACAACGUGCGACGGCGGCGGUCACUACGGGAAUAGGUAUUUGCAUCCUUUGAUGUUAGCGUGCUUUGAUGCAGAUGCUCACACUGAUCAAAAUUGGAACAAGUACAAGAUUCUGUAUCAAUUUACAAUUGAUUGGUUUUACUACUAGGAAGGUGUGGAUUUUUCGUACACUUGACAACAACAGCGACCACGCCUGAUGGCGUAGUUCGAUUAGCUCCACCUGAUCCGAUGUAUAGGCCUGGAGACGAGCGGUGA